AUGUGCACGCACACCGCCCCCGCGCCCGCGCCCAAGCGCGCGGGGGCGGCGUGGGACGGCGCAGGGUGGGCAUUAGUGGCGCCCGGCGGGGCGGCGGGGGCGGGCGUCGCGGAGGCGUCGGGGGCGGCAGCUUUCGAGGCUUGCGGGCCGGCUGCUGACUUCAUGGAUAUGAGCAGGUCUGCAGUGAGCGAGGCGCUGCUGCUUGGGCCGAGUGGGUCUGGGGGGCAGACGGCACGGGAGGGCUGCGCUCAUCAGGGGCAUGAGGAAGAGGAGGAGGCGCGGCGUCCCGCGCCGCAGUGGCAGCGGCGGCUGCCGGGGCUGGCGCCAGAGGAAGGGCGGGGCCGGCAGCUUCAGCAACAUCUUCAGCAGCAGCAGCAGCAGCAGCAGCAGCAGCAGCAGCAGCAGCAGCGGUUUUCGGAGGAGGACGAGGAUGACGACAUGGCAUUGUUUGGUCAUGAGCAGCAGCAGCAGCAGCAGCAGCAGCAGCAGCAGCAGCAGCAGCAGCAGCAGCAGCAGCAGCAGCAGCAGCAGCAGCAGCAGGGGCAGGGGCAAGGCCAGGACUAUAACGGGCCAAUGCUGGAUCAACAGCAGCCGGCCGCGCCUGCCUGCAAGGACGAGGAGCUGCUUGCGUUCCUCCGCGAGUGUGUCGCCGAGUACCCGCGCGUCGCCAUCGCGACGGCCGCCGGGGCGCCGUCGCAGCCCCUGGCCUACACGGCGGGGAGGUGGCUGCGGCAGGCAGGAAAGCUGCGCGGCAGCGCAGCGGCGCUGCGGCAGGGGCUGAAGCAGGUGCUGGACGAGGGCAGCAGCGAAUGGAUGCAGGAGCACGGCGAGCAGCUGGGCUGCCAGCUGCGGGAUCGCGUCAUCAGCCGGUAUCAGGAUGCCGAGGCCGGCGCAGGGACGCUGCCUCACCACUUGUGGGAGUGGAUGCGCGGCACGCUUGCCCGAGCUGAGCUGGGGCCGGAGGGCAUGGUGCACGUGGUUUGGUGGGCCUUGUGCGAGAGCCGGCAGCAGCAGGGGCAGCAGCAGGGGCAGCAGCAGCAGCAGCAGCAGCAGGAGCAGCAGGAGCAGCAGCAGGAGGAGCAGAAGGAGAAGCAGCAGCAGCAGCCGCAGCCGCAGCCGCAGCAGCAGCUGGAGUGGCAGCUGCAGGGGGUGGCGCACGGCCCCGCCCUUAUCGCCUGGCCUUGCGCGGCGCAGCUAGGCGGGACUGGGAGCGGCGAGCAGGCGUCGAGGGUCGUCACAGCUGCACACCAG